AUGUCUUUCACUCUGACGCGGUCGCUGACCGCAGCGCGGUCAUGGCUACCCUGCACUUCGCUUCAUCCAUGCCUACGAUCAACAUAUUCUACCACGACCAAUGAGCAACACAUCCAGAGAAAGCUUCCCCGGAUGAGACCGCAUCGAUUCAGAGAGUUUGAUCUUGCAGACCGCGUCUACGCCGUCACCGGUGGCGGCAGAGGCCUGGGGCUGGCCAUGGCCGAAGCGCUGAUGGAAGCCGGAGCCAAAGUAUACUGCCUAGACCGCCUCGAGAAACCACACCCCGAAUUCGAAACCGCCAAAGGCCAAGCCGAAAAGGAAUACGGCGGCGCCCUGGAAUACCGACGCAUCGACGUGCGCAACGAACCAGAGGUCAACGACGUCUUCGCCGAAAUCGCCUCCCGCGAUCAGCGACUGGACGGCCUCAUCGCCGCCGCAGGCAUCAACCACCUGCAGAGCGCCCUGGAGCACUCCCAGUCGGCCCUGAACGAAGUCAUGCAGAUCAACUACAACGGCGUCUUCAACUCCGCCACGGCAGCCGCCCGCCAGAUGUUCAAUUACCAGCAGAAGGGGUCCAUCCUGCUCGUUGCAAGCAUGAGCGGGCUCAUCGCCAACAAGGGCAUGACCUCGCCCGUGUACAACUCGUCCAAGGCGGCGGUGAUCCAGCUCGCGCGGUCCCUGGCGAUGGAGUGGGGCCGGCGGGGGAUCCGGGUUAAUAGUCUCUGUCCGGGACACAUCCUCACGCCCAUGGUCGAGCAGGUGUUUGAGCAGAAUCCGGCUGCAAAAGCCACCUGGGAGGCGGAGAAUAUGCUCGGUCGGCUGGCGUGUCCGGAGGAGUUCAGGGGUGCGGCGCUCUUCGCCCUCAGUGAUGCCAGUAGCUUUAUGACAGGCAGCACGAUGAUCAUUGAUGGUGGUCAUACUGCGUGGUGA